UGCCUGUCGAGAUAUAGUCAUGAUUCAGAAGAUUUCAUUUGUAACACCACAUGGUGAAUCUUGGCCGCCAGAUUCCAGAGCGCCCGACGUGUACUAGUAUGUAAAUCAUUGGAACGUUACAUGAUUGAUGGACAAAAGAUACGCCAUCAUGGAGGGCCCCUUCCUCCAAGACGCAGACAAGAGUUAACAGUGGGGAAUCACUGUGAGGUUGUGAUAUUUACGACAAUGUGGAAUUGGCGCUGGAAAACGUGGAAGUGGUGUUGGAGAACGGCAGGAAUGAUGUGCUUUGCGCUCUCUCUGACAAGUCAAGCCAAAGGAACUCAUCAAAGGAGGAAGAUUUGUGUGGAGGACGGAAUCAAACGACCCGGUAUACUGCAAACAUCGGGUCUUGGUACGGAACUGACUUACGGGCGGGAGAAGAACACUGUAGUCUUUGAAGUGGACAUCCAGAGACAAAAAAUAACAAGGCACAAAAAUCGACUAGUAGCUAACCUACUGACAGAAGUGACAGAGACCGCAUUGCGAGGAGUUGCAAGUGACUACAGGCUAUUAAAGCUGAUGCGAGGAAACGUAAGCCUAGCCAUUGUUCAUCCCUCUCCAUACUUCCCAUACGGAACAGAAAGAGGAACAACAGUGAUCGGCUACUACGCAACAUUCAGCUGUAGCGCACGGUUGUUACCAGGCAGUCUCCUGAAACAGGUAGUGAUGAACAGUAGGACACGGCUGGAGCAGGCUGCUGGAGGAUACAUGAUCGGAGACCCUGUGCUCUUCAUAAGAGGCCCCAGCAAUCUACAGGCACUCGAUAGGGAAUACUUUCUGGGCUUAGGCGCGUUGGGUUUACUUGCUUUGCUUCUGCUUUUCGCGGGAUGGCAGGGUACUGGUGAUGAGGUUGACAGAUACGACAGCUCUCGACAGGAUUGUUAUUGCUAAUAUAUACAAGUAAUUUGUACACAGUUUACGUUCAUCAUAUCUUUAAAAUUUGUAAGGCCACACCAAUUUAAUUUCUUGGUUCACGGAUUCGCUCGCUCCUAUUU